UGUUGAGAUGAGCUGCUCGACCUGGUGAGGACCGGAGAAGGAACAGAAAGCGGACUUGGGAGACAGGUAGAAGCGUGGCGUGGGGCGGUUUGUGGCCGAAGGGGAGCCCGCGACGCCCCGGAUCCUGAAAACGAAAGAAAAUGGAAGACUCUCCUGAUGUAGUUUCUCUGGCUACAAAGCUAAAAAAUACAGUCGUUCAGUACUACAACACUGAUGAUGGAGAAUGGAGAAUUGCUAAGAAAACAAAAGAUGCUACAGUUUGGCGUAAGCCAUCAGAAGAAUUCAGUGGAUACCUCUACAAAACACAAGGGAUCGUGGAGGAUGUGGCCAACAGAAUAGUAGAUCACAUACGUCCAGGACCUUACCGGCUACACUGGGACAGUCUAAUGACCUCAAUGGACAUUGUUAAUGAGUUUGAAGAGAAUUGUUGUGUAAUGCGUUAUACCACGGCUGGGCAACUGUGGAAUAUUAUUGCGCCAAGAGAGUUUGUUGACUUCUCGUACACUACAGACUACAAGGAAGGGCUUCUGUCAUGUGGUGUUAGCCUGGACUAUGGUGACGUAAGACCAAGUUUUGUCCGAGGAUUUAACCAUCCUUGUGGUUGGUUCUGUUUCCCACUCAAGGACAAUCCUAGACACAGCCUUUUGAUCGGUUUUAUUCAGACGGAUCUGCGUGGAAUGCUGCCCCAGUCUGCAGUGGAUACAGCUAUGGCCAGUACACUGACUAAUUUUUAUUCUGAUCUCAGGAAAGUUCUGAAGGCAUAAUCAGUACUGACCUUAAACUCAUCGUAUCUUUUGCAAGCCUCUUCCACUCUACACAUAUUUUUAAAAAUUAGAUUUGGCUAGAGCCUUUUUGUGUAAAGAUCUGUAGUGUUUUCCUUAUUGGGGCCCAUAAUUCUGUUUGCAUAGACCAGUUGGAAAGACAUUUACUCUGAAGUAAGACCUGCUGAGUGCAAUGAGACUUACCCUUUGGCAAGCAUCAUCAUCAUUAAUUGUAGCCCAGAAAAAAAUGUGACUUUCUACAGUAAUGUAUUGGAUCUUGAUUAUGCUAUACUUUGAGUAGACCCAUUGAAAUCAUUGGGACUUGAAUUAGCCAUGACUGACUUGAUUUGCAUUAUUUUCUUUGGAUUUACUCUUAAGUAUAACACAAACCCAGAUCCAACCCACUGCCUGGUAAAUGCACUUGCCCAAUUUUAAGAAAUAGAUUGUGUUCAUUGCUUUGGCCUUGUAAGUCAAAUAGGAGGAAAUAUGCCUUUGUCUCAUUGAUUUCAAAAGACUAUAUUAAGAAUACAGAAAGAGUCCUGCUGGAUCAAACAGCACAUUUGGUUCAACAUACUGUUUCCCAUAAUGGGCAGCCAUACACCUUGGCUUAAACCCAAAGCUAUGGAUUAGUCUGAAUUAUUUUUGGAUGUGCACACAUUCUGGUUCAGCAAGAGAUCCUGUUGCUGGGUUGGUUACCCUGUCUGCAGGUGCCUUUCUGAGGUGCACAAGGUGCUGAGCUGUCCACCACGGGUGGAGUAUGCAUUCGCUCUUCCGCAUUGCAGUGGAAUGGGAAUCUGCUUUCCCAGCUACUAUCUUGGGCUGUACGUGUGCUGUUACAUGCAACUGUAGCUAGAGGAGGCAUCAGUAUUCUUGCUGUCUUAGACUGGGCCACCCAAGUGAGGCCUCAUACUACAACAGACAGAGCAAACUCAGACAUUUUUUCAAGACAGCAGUAAUCUUGUUACAUCCAGAUUGCUGGAAUGUGGGGAGAAAACAGGGUUACCAGAAUUGCAUUCUAGAAGAAAAACUUAAGAAAUAUGGCUUGCCAAGGCUGUGAGACAGAAGCUGUGGGGUGGGGCUGCUUUACCCCAACUAUUGUAGAACAGAUGUGCCCCAAUCCUUCAAGGGAGCAGUCUGCACAUUAAAAGAGUCUGCACGUGAUGCAGGUUUUAGCUGGAACAUGUGCAAGAAUCUGCUGCAGGUGUGAUUGCAUGAUAUGCAGCCUGUGUGAUUGGACCCUCAGUGCUUGCUCUGGGUCACAGAACAGAAGUAGGAGUUCAACAGAAGUCUUGACAGACCCCUCCAGUUUAGAGAGCAAGUCCUGCUGAUCGUUCAAAUACUGUCAGUUUGAAUUGCCAUGGAACUGUGUUUCAUGCAAAACUUGAAAGACAAAGUCUGGAAGCCUAACUCUACAAUAGUUCAUUUAACUGAAAAACUUGCAUUGAAUAAUUGUUCACUUUUGAGAGAUGCUGAACAAUCAGGGAUUCUGCAUGUGGGUUUUUAAAGGGGACAUUAUCCGGAAAGUGUGGAUUCAUACAAGCAUUCAGAUCUGCUUUCUAAAGUUGUUAUGCUACAUUUUCAACUUCCAUGAUGAAUUUGAAGGGCCUUAAAGGGAGGUUUGCUAGCUGUAGUGCAGGGGACCUUCUUAAAUGUUUAACAUUGAACAUUUGUUGUGUGUAUUGAGUUUUGCAUUCAGACUAGUCAGUUUGAGCUCUGUAAGUUCCACUUUGCAAUCAUGAGGAAGGCUAUCACCAGUGAUGUCAUGUGCACUACCCAACACUUGCCUGUGAUACUGUCUGGCACAACCAGAUUCCAGUUGGCACUCUAUAUCACAUCCUCCUCUGGACAAAAGUGUAUUAUGGUGUGAGGGCUGACCCUCACCACAAUCUCCACAGAGGCAGCGAUUCCCAGGAAUGCUGCUAUCACCAUGCCGCUCACAGAGAUCAAUCAGCAGGAAGAGGCUGGUUCAUUCCAAUGACUGUGGAAUGUCCUUCCCCAGAUAGUUAGGAAUCUGCAGGCACCUGCUUCUGCACUUUUGUGGAGCAUAGUGCAUCUUGGGAUGAGCCCACAGGACUAUCCAGUCUGGCAUCUUGGACUAGCCAUCCAGAGUAGCCAACCAGCUGUAUUUAAAAGCCUAGAAGCCAGGCUUGACAGUAGUAGCCAUUUCCUGUUCUUCAUAUUCAGUUGUAUGCUUCACUUGAUUCCAAAAGUAGCCUUUAGCUAUCUUAGCUAGUAUCUGUGAAUAGUCUUCCUCUUCAUGAAUUUAAUCCUCUAAGCAAGCAACUAUCACUUCUUAGAUUGUGGGGGUAUAAGGAUCUAAUAACCCAGCCUGUGCUUUGUGCUAUGAAAUAUUUGGACUUAUACUGGGUCCUGGGUCACCCUGGGUUCAAGAUCAGAAUUGUCUUGUUCAGUGUCCUUGCAAUGUUUGAUGGCCUAGCAGAUGCAUCCUGUGUGCUUGUGGUAAGUGUUGGAGAAUAAGCCUUUGACUAAACUCAGGAAAAAUAAUGUAAAUAGCAAUGAAUUUUAAAAUGACAGCAUCGUCUGAAUCUAUAUUUGUGAAUCGUUGCUUCCAAAGAAAAUCUGGAAAGUUGGUCUGGGGAAGUUGUUUAGAACUGGCAUAAUUUACUAAUUAACUCUGCGUGUAGGGAUCUGUGCCUGUGCAAUGUAGCCCCUCAGGUUAAAAUGCAUGAUCUUAGACUUAGUUAGGUGGUGGUAAUAAUGGCCCAGCAGAAAGUCUGAUAUUCUUCCAAGCAUCUGUGUAAUAGUUUUAGAACACGGUAAGGUCCAAGGUAUUUUAACGGUGCUAGUAUUAGCUUUCCUGCUUCUUCCGUCACAUAAGUCAUGUGUCAACUGCUGUUUCUGAAGUUUUUGAACAUUUCCCCUUAAAAUUGCAAUUCAGCACUACUAGUCACUUAACUGUAAAAACAUUCUGUGAGCGGGAAGAGAUGGCAAAAGUUUGUUAAAGUCUAAUAGACUGCUAAUUUCCUAUUGCAGUUGUUUCCUCUGUGGGGUGCUUUGUGUGUGGUGAAAUCAGCUGACAUCUUUCUGUAGUUAAUGUCACUCCCUACAGAAACUAAGCAAUAGCAGCAAAGCCCUGCUGUUCAAUCCCCCACCGCUCCUCACCAUGCUUGCUGGGUAGUAACUCCAGUUAAACACAUUGUGAGUUGUGACUAUCAUUUGAGGAAACAUGCUGAAGAUUUGGGCUAUAAGACAUCGAACUUGCACUGUUUUACUUUUUCAAAGGGCUAAUAGUUUGUUGGUAUAUAAAUAAGUGCUCAUCCUCUCAUAUACUCUGUCUUGCUUAUUAAUCCUGACAUAAGUGGUUCUGUUUCAAAAUGCUAAUAUCUUCAAAACUGAAAUGUUUGAUGCAUAGUUGAGUCCUGUUUCCAUAUAAUGGUUCUUCUUAAGCUUAAGAAGCAGAAUAGCAUGUCAUUGUCUAUGUUCUAUCCAAAAUGUGAAUAGCAGCCACAGAAAAUGUUAGUACUACUAUGAUAAGUAGUAUAAUAAGGAAGCAUGCACAUAUAUUCAGAUUUCCUAUGGUUAUUAGAAGUACAGGGCCAUCAGCUUUCAGAUAGCAAAUCAGCUAAAGGGAUAAUCUAGUACAUAUUAAUACAGGAAAGGGUCCUAUAGCUCCUAGCAGGCUGUUGACUGUGGCAUGCUUGGAAUUGUAGGACACCGCCCCCCACCCCGCCCUGCUUCACUAAGAGUUCCCAGUGUUUAAUUGGGUCAUACAUGGGCAUUGAUCCAACAUUCUCUGUAGGAAUAGCUUGAUUAUAAUAUUUAAGAAGUCAUAAUUAUUUUUGUGAUUCCUCUUCUGUUACUUGCCCAGAAUGUUUUCAUGGGAGAGUUUUGGUAGAAUAUAAUUUGACCAUUUCAGAAUGACUACUUUUGCUUAAAUUGUCAAUAUAUUUCAAUGAUUUGAGCAGAAUUUUUUAAAAAUUCACUUGCUGGCACAAGUGACCACAGUUAUUCUGACUAACAGGCAUGUUUGGAGUCAUCAAGAUGAUGCAUAUAUGAGAAUUGUGAUCUAUUUGUUCUAUAUUAUAACUGAUAUAAGCUUAUUUAUAUACAAUGUUUAUUAUGUAUAUUAAAGUAUUAUGUUCA